ACCUCCCUGCAUCAUUUGCAUUAACGCAGCUUUCACUUCUCUAAAGACCUUAAUGAAUUUCUGCCAUCAGCUGUCAACACACACUUUUUAUUCCUUUACAAUCUGCAAGAAGCCUCACAACAGCAGCAUUUCUGUGCUCCUCUAAGUCUGGAUUUCUCUGCCCCAAAGCAGCUUGGGGAGACUCUCUGACCGAGUGCCACACGCAGCUCUGUGAGCCAGGGCUCAACCUCCACGUGUCAGCGACCGAUAAAGAGAGAUGGCCUGAAAGAUAACUGGUAGUUCUGCUUAGAGAGAAGCUGCAGACCUUGGGGUCCCAAGAUAACCCAGUCCCCCCACAAGCCAGGCUCCUGCGCCCUGCAGCCGGGCUGAGAGCAGAGACAGGAACCGGGGCUCGGCUGCGGCUGCAACGUUUCCUGUUUUACAGAGCGAGAAAGAGUGAGAGCAGCAAAAUGAGGUGGUUGGCAUGAAGAUGGCAGUUGAAGUGUGCUUGCGCCCGAGAACUCCUUGUUCACCUCACUGCUCCGUGGCAAUCGAGGGGUAGGACGGGAUCCCUUGGGCCAGCCUACACAUUGCCACAGGGAGGAUGGAACAGGAACCAGCAAGAAGCACCUUUUCUGGUUUUUUCCUCUUGAGAUGAGGAGUGUAGCAGGUUGGAAAGCAAAGCUACAGGACACAUUUGUUAAUUAGAGAGGGUCCUUUGGGAUAAGAGGAGGAGGAAACAGUGUUAGCUUGUCAAGAAGGCCUCAACAGUUUGCUCAGCUUGGGGACAGAGGACCCCAGCGCAGACGGGCAGAGCUGUGCCCAGGAUGAUCAGCCAGCCCCAGAGGGCACGGCCACGGCACAGGCGCGUGAGCGAGAGCUACGAUGAGAAGUGCGAGCGGCGGCACGAGACGCGGGAGAACCUGCGGCGAAGGAACAACGUGACGAGCUGCCGCCACCUCGGGAGGGCAGCGGAGGAGCCGGCACAGAGCCCCCGGCAACGGGAGUUCCUAAGGAGGAGAAACCUGGCAGGUGAUGCUGGAAGGACAGCGCUGGGACAGAGGCCCAAAGCACACGGGCCCCUGGAGCCCUCCUCGUGUGGACAGCAAGUCCUGUUCCAGCACCCAGGGAGCUGCCUCACGUUCUCCCCUGCAUGCUCUCUGCUCAGCCUCAGAAUUUCAUCAGAAGCCAUCCCCAGGCGAGGUGCCUCUGUGAACACUCAAGGAACCCAGACCCUUACUAAUCCAGGUGCAAGAGUGCAAGACUCAAGCCAGCAGACAGACUGUGGAAUAGCAGUUUUAAAUAAGGAAAUGGUGCAGCUGUCCAGCUACCUGAAGGAGGCCCUGCACCGCGAGCUGCUGCUCAAGCAGAAGAUGGUGAUUUUGCAGGAGCUUUUUUCCACACUGCUGCAAGCAUCAGAAAAAUCCUGGCAGGGUCAGCUGAAUGAAGAUAAACUGAAGUGUAAACUAAGGGCUCUUGAAAAUCAGCUGCAGGCUUGUACCCAGAGUUACUCAAAGGAGUGCGUGAAGAAAAUCCUGAUAGAGAUGGAGGACCAGAAGCAGACCUACGAGGAGAAGGCAAAAGAGGCUCUUCAGAAGAUGCUGGAGGACAAACUCCAAACAGAGCAGCAGCUGCAAAACUCUCAGAGAAACCUGGCAGCAACGAGAGAAGACCUUGCCUUCUGGAAAGAGCACUACACCACACUCAAAGCUGAAUUGACCAAGAUGACCACGGUGCACACUGAGCUCACAAACAGCUUCCACAUCUCGCAGAGUGAACUGCAGCGAGCAGAUGCACAGAACGAGCAGCUGUGCCAGGCCCUGCAGAGGCUGCAGAGUGAGCACGCUGCUCUCCAUCAGCAAGCCAGUGCCUUGCGGGAGGACAACCACCUGAAGGCUGAGCACAUCAGCACCAUGGAAGACAAAUUGCAAAAAGAAGAGAAUCAGAAGGUAAUGCUGGAGGCAACAAUCAGCCAUUUGCACAACUUGAUAGAGAACCAGACCAAGGAACAGAAGCCCCAGGAGGAGAUGGAGCAAAGGAAAGAUCAGGUUUUCACCAUGCAGACACCACCUCUCACUCCUGCCAAGGAAAACCAAAACACUCUGUUAGAGCAUCUGGAGGAGGGAAAAGAAAGUCUGAAGGAUGAGAUGCAGAAAAAGACAUCCCAGCUUACAGCAAAGGAGAACGAGGUGCCUGUGGACACACAGGUAGCAGAAGUGCCAACGCCCGCUCUGUGCGGUGCCCGUGGGCGGCUGAAGCGGCAGGGGAUGUGCCCUGCUAACGGCCCCUUGCUGUGCUUGCAGUGCUCGGAGCUGCGCGUGGAGCUGGAGGCGCUGAGCGAGGAGUACCGCUCCUGCCUGAGCAGCCUGCGCCAGUGCCGCCACGAGCUCAACCGCUUCCAGAGCAAGCAGGCAAAGAGACAGCGUGGUCACUGGAUGCCUCUCCUGGUGGCAGUGAUAGCAAUGGCCAUAGCCACCUUCCUUGCAAGCUACAGACCAUGAAGGACCUUCACGAUGACUGACUUCACUGCAGGAACUGACUUCUGCUUCACCAACAGCAACACAUCCUCACCACACUGCACCUUCUGCUGCUUUGUGCUUGCGUGUUUGGUUGGUAUCCUGAGCUGGUCUCACUCCAAGUGAACUCCCACCUCCAAUAAACGCCAGAUCACCCCUUCC